AUGGAUAAACCCAAGUUCAAGAGAAACUACCUGGCAUGCUUGAAUUGCCGCACCCGCAAAGUCAAGUGUGAUUUGGGAUCUCUGGAGGCUCCUCAUGAUCCACCCUGUGCCAGAUGCAAGCGUGAGCGCAAAGAGUGUGUUUUUGCAGAGAGCCGUCGCCGUGGAUCAGGCAGAGUUCGCCAGGCUUCCCCUGUGGACUCGCGGCCGCCCACCUAUGCUGCUAGUUCACGCUCCUCCUCGCGACUGGCCGCUAUUGGCUCUGGAGAUUCCAUUUCCAGCACUCCUGUUGAUGAGAGCGCAAAUACAAGCAACUCAACAAUGGUGUUUUUGGCCCAUAUCGCGGGCAACUUCGCCAAAGCCGACGAACGGGACAAGAUCGAUGCGUACGAACGGCUCCAGAGCCUGGAAAACAAGGUCGCCAGUCGUCCGUCGUCAGAGUCGCCGUCCAGCGAGAGACGUUCUUUCUCAGAGACUGCAGAUUCGGCCAAGCUCCCGUCCAGUGCGUCCACCGACUCGCUGGCAGCAGGCAGCACGUAUCCGUCCUCGCGUAAAGAGUCGUUUGGUCAUGACACCAGUCUGCACCCGCUGCUGAAACAGAGCCGGCUGCAAAUGCCUCCAGUGCGGUCGACGCUAAAAAUCCGGCCCAGGCCAACAGCCAGGCUGGAGGACAUCGAGUACAUUGGCCCAGAUAAGGUGUUAACGAGCGACGAGGCCAUACGACUGAUCCGACUAUUCUUUCUUACGAUGCAUCCAUUUUUCCCGUACAUUCCUGCCGAGUUGCAGGACCCACAGGUGCUCCCUGGCUACCCUAUGUUAUUGUGUUCUAUCCUGACCAUUUCGUCACGGUACCAUCCGCUAGAAGCCCAGAACCGACAUAUCGAGAUUCAUGAACAGUUGUGGGUCUACUGCCAACGACUCAUCAGCAUGACAGUCUGGGGAGAGUCGAGUAGCAGAAGCAUCGGCACGCUGCUUUCAUUUCUGCUAUUUACGGAAUGGAACCCUCGAGCCAUCCAUUUCCGCUGGAGCGACUACGCUAAUACGCCAGAGGAUGAGGCCCAAGAAGAGUACACAGGACUGAGCGCCAUGAAACGGUCUGAGAUCAUGUCCUUUAUGCUAAUUGGCACAGCCACAAGACUCAGCUUCCUGCUGGACGAGCACCCGUUGACGUUCCUCGCGACGCACAUUUCUGAAACACUUUCGGCAAUCAAUUUGAACAAACGGUCAAUGCUCGCACAGACGCUGGCAGAGGUCGACAUUAACGAUCCGAGCUUCGAUUUUACGCCAUACCAGAAAGCCACCAUCGAACUGCUGCAGUUCACCUCGCUUUGCUACGAGUCGCUGUAUGUGAACAAUCCGAAACUGGGAGCUCUUGAUAAGCACCAGAACCUUGCUGUGCUUGACAUUUUGUCCCCGCUGCUAGAAAAUUGGUACAAAAAGUACCACAAGCUGCUUAAACCGUCGUCGGCACAUAAUCUGCAUCAGAACUAUGCGGAUUGCAUUUCCGACGCCAAAGUACACAAAGAAAUACACCAUCAGGUCGAAAAAGAGGCGCUCAUUUUAGAUUACUACUACGCAAAGUUGUAUCUCUACUCAUUGGCUUUGAACGAUGACACAUCCAUGAACAUCACCAACAGCUCGAAAAAGGGCCGCAGUCUGCGAUUGGACGAGCUUGCCAAAUAUUCCAGAUACGUGGAGCUCGCAUACAAGGCAGCAAAAGAGGUGCUUGCAGUGAUGCAGCGUGUAAACAAGCUGAGGCUGCUCAAGUACAUGCCAGUCAGAUGGGUGAUUCGCGUGAUCAAGGCGGUAGCCUUCAUUGUCAAGUGCUAUCUAACACUAACGACAGAUGGGAAAACAGACCUCCUGCAAUCGGACAAGUCCACGAGCGAGAUUAUACGAUUGAGUGUCAUACCUGUUGAGGAGAUAAUUUCGUUGCUGCAGAAAACAGCUAUUUGCUUGAGAGACGCCGCUCCGGACGAGCUUCAUCUUUGCACGCGAUACUCUACCAUUCUAAUGUACCUGUGCUCGCAAUUCAAAACCAAAGCAGUCAAGACCAGAACAGUUGUCGACUAUGAAGACGAAAUUAACCGCCAAGCCCAGAGCGAGGAACAACCUCAGAACCCAUACAUGGAAAACCAAGAGUAUCCGCACCCAAAUAACCUUGACCAGCAAAGUUUUGACGACUAUUUCACGGAUCCCUCUGAAACUCUCUUCAACUGGUUCUCCGAAAACAACAACCCUGGCCUGGACUUUGUGGACCAGUUCACCAAGGAAAUAGAAAAUGAGUUCCUGAAAACGGGGCUCAGUAAAUAGACUAGUUGACCAUUUUCUUGAAAAAGCGUUUUAAUCCGUUCUUCUUCUUUUCUCUGUGCUGCGGGUUGGAUCCAUUCGAAACGGCCGUCGACAUUUUUGAAACUUGUGGAGACACCAUGCCGUUUGCAGGUGACGUAACACCAUCGCGGGGCUUGAGAACCGGUGAAGAAACUUUUGAUAGUUCUUUUCGAGGAGGAGCGAUACUUGGAUUGAUCUUAUCGUCGAUUUCAGUGUCUGUAGAAUCAGCAGCCGUAAACGAUGCAGUGGAGGAUAUCAUGCUAGCAGGGUUGGAGGGGAAUUGCACGCUGGCUGACACAGAGCCCCGCUUGAGAUUCAGCAGUCUCGAGUUUAUUUUUUCAAUGAAUCCGCCUUCAUUGCCGUCUCCGUUUUCCUCGUGCGGCGUCCAAAUAGCCGGCGGCUCAGAGUAUUCGCGUGGUAUCUUGUAAGUUCCGGAAGAAUUAAGAUCGUACCAAUAAUAUUGCGUGCCGAUAUCCAGAUAGGCAGGAUCAGUCGGUAACACUUCAUUAUCCGUCUUUUUCCCGCGCGAACUGGACCUGGACACCGAAGAGGUCGACGCUGUCUGGGGCGGCGCAAGUGGUGGCACCUGGAUGGUAGCAGCCGGUGAGUGUUCUGAUUCUUUCGCGGGCUGAUCGAUGGUGAUUGGCGGCGGUGCCCCCGCAGACUUGAGAGAGAGGUGUGACAUCUGGGACACUAUCGAGCUUUUGCGAGCAGCCAGGAGUGAGCUAUUGGGCAUGCUAGAUUCACUGUCGGAGUUCCAAAGCUUGUCUCUGGCGCCCCGUGGAGGCCUGAUGGUGCUUUCGUCGCCACUGGUGGCAGUGCCAUAGUAGUCAGAAUCAAAAUCCUCUUGUAGCUCCACUAUUUUGUAGAACAGAAUAUAAGGAUCUUCUUGGUCCAUGGCUUCCUGGAACGUCACUUCCUUGGCUUUCUCCUCCUUGUCAAGCACGUCGUUGAACAGAAUCCAGUUCUUUUCAUCUGAGGGUAUCGAAUCUUUCGGAUUGUAUGGGUGUUUGCGGACCAACGAGACAUAGUGUCCAGAAUUCACAGUUUUACCCCGGUGGCAAAUGCAGCUUUCCAGAACCAGCAUGAACGACCCGGAAGGCGCCUUGUUGUCUGUAUUUCGACUAAAAUCGACGUAUCCUGGCUUUGUGCUGUCCUCGGCGAUAAAGUACGGAUGCUUGAUCACCUCGGGAAUCACCACCUUGCGGUUAAUCUUGUGCGACUGACCAGUUUCAUCCCAGCCAUAUUUCUUCAGACAGAUAGGGAUAAUUGGGCGUUUCUUCUGGAACCGGUCCUCGAAAUCUGUCAGUUCGGUGUCAUCCGCAGAUGAUGCAGAUGACUCCCCGGUUAGGCUUCUAGUCAUUCCCCUAAAUGACCUUUCCGAGCUCCGUAAGCGGAGUUUCACCUUGGGGCUGGUAUAGUAAGGCAGCAAUUGCAAGAACAUCCAGGCAGGCAAUGUGACUUCGUUGUUGGAGACCGACGAUGCUCUGCGUGUGAGUCUAGUUGGAUUUGAUAUCAUGACGUUGUUCAGAACUGAGGCGAUUGUCGAGGACCUUGUUCUGGAUGCCUCCAUCCUUUCCGACAGUCUCAGGAAUGAGGAGACCGCAACUGUGCGGUCGCUGGUCGACUCCGUGCAGGUGACAGUCGAGUUGCUGAGUGCAGUACUCAAAUCUGCGGAGGAAGUCGCAGAUUCCUGAGACGAAGAACGUUGCAGCGGUUCCUCGUUGGAGGUGACAAUUCCGAGCUUCUCGUAGUAUUGCAAAUC